AUGGGGGGCCUAAGAAAGAGCAUUUUCGCGAUCGUCGGGUCCCUGUUCUUCCUCUUGUUCUAUCUGGGUUGUAUCUUCUUCCCCCCAGCUGCGACUUCCCAUCCACCUCUGUCCAGGAAGAGGAGGAGGAACAUCUCCGUUCUUUCCUCCCAGUCCCAGCGCAUGCCCUCCGCCGCAUCCGCCGCAUCCGCCCCUCACGAACCCCAGGAAUCUUCCCCCCUUUCCCUCCGGUCCAUUCUCAGGCACCUCGUCUGUUGUUUCUUCGGACCGCAUUCGCGGCAGCAGAAGCGGCGACCGCACGUAGCAGCCAUCGGGCCGCUUCCUUCCACCCAGCAGCAGCUGCAGCCCCGGCACCACCUCGUCUUCCCCGAGGAGGCCACCGCCAACCCGAAGGCGAUCGCGUCGUCCAGAUUCCUUGAGAAGCCUGACGAGCUCACCCGCAGCGCCUCCUUGAAGCGCUCUUCGUUCACCUCCAGAGACGACGUGUUUCCCUGCGCGUCCUGCGGAGAGGUCUUCACCCGGAGCCACCUCCUCGACCUCCAUCAGGCGGCGAGGCACGCGCUCUCUGAGCUCACCGACGGCGACUCGGGCCUGAACAUCGUCCGGAUCAUCUUCCAGUCGGGGUGGAAUGGAAGGCGGGGGAAGGAGAGCGACAGGGUCGAUAACAGUGUGGUCCCUAUCGUCCACCGCGUCCUGAAAAUCCAUAGUUCCCCCAGGAUGCUCGCUCGCUUCGAGGAGUACCGGGACUCCGUCCGGUCGCGAGCAGCCGCCCGGUGGGCCGCCGGCUGCGGCGGAAGCGCGGACGAGCGGUGCAUGGCGGACGGGAACGAGCGCCUCCGCUUCUACUGCGCCACCUUCCUGUGCGGCCUUACGCAGGAGGGCGGCAAUCUGGGCAUCUGCGGCAGUCCCUUCUGCUCCGCGUGCGGCAUAGUGCAGCGCGGGUUCGUCGGCAAGGAUGCCGACGGCGUGGCCACGCACACCACUGGGUGGGGCGCCCACUCGCACUCGUCGCUGCCGCAGGAGCUGGAGGGGGAGUUCGAGUCCAUGAAGACCCGUCGGGCGAUGCUGGUGUGCCGGGUAGUCGCCGGCCGCGCAGCCCUCGGCGGCGCGGGAGCUGCCGGUGACGGGGAGGGGGACCACGGGAUCUACGACUCCGUCGUGGCGGCGGGGAGGGGGGGCGGCGGCGGGUGGGCGGCGGAGGAUCUCCUGCUUGUCUUCGACCCGAGGGCGGUCCUCCCCUGCUUCGUCAUCAUAUACAGCAUUUGA